AUGGCGGUGCAACAAGAUGGCAGAGUCUUAAAGCACGCUCAGGCGUACCAGGGCGACAAGGAGCUGGUGCUAGCGGCCGUUCAGCAACAAGGGCUUGCUCUUGAACACGCCUCAGUGCUCCUGCGGGGAGACGUUGAGGUGGUGCUCGCGGCGGUGAAGCAGAAUGGCCUGGCGCUCCGAUUGGCCUCCAGAUCAAUGCGGUCGGAUGAUGGCAUCAUCCUUGCGGCCGUGAUGCAGAACGGAUUGGCCUUAGAGCAUGCCAAACCAAGCCCAUGCAAUCGUUGGGCAAUUGCAGUGGCAGCUGUCAUGCAAUGUGGCUUGGCCCUGCAAUUCGUGUCGGGCUCUCUGAAAGACAGCAUCGAGCUAGUUCUCUUUGCGGUGCAGAAGGACAUCCGCGCCAUGCAGUUCGCCUCUUCACGAGUACGACAGCUCCUCUCCGUGGCCGUCGGCGCGGCCGCCGAGGCGGCGGACAUCUACGGAGAUGAGUCUGUCUUCGGCAGCGGAACCGAGACUACGACCUCGGAAGUGGACGGAAUCCUGGAAAGCAUCUCCGAUGACGAUGUCAGCGAGCCUGAACAGUGA